UAUAACCACAGUUGUAUACACAGGUGUGGAAACUCCUGUGUUAAAGGUAGUUCCUGAUUCGAGGACAGAAGAGUUCUUGUACCGUUUACCACACGCAUGAUAUUGAGUAGUCAAAACAAUUUCAACAAGGGGACACAACAUUAUGGCCUUGUGUCUCCUAUUGUUUUAACUACUCUGCAGCAACGCCGCUGGUGGUGGAUUGGAGAAACAUCAGUCGUCGCAUAAUUGUGUCAUCCCCCCAUUACGGGAGUUUCAGGACUUGUGUACACGACAGCGGUUAUAGAUUAUGGACUAACAACUGCCAUAUUGUAAACAUGCCCAUUUAAUUCCCAUCUCCCAUCGAGUGUAGUUUGAAUUUGUGCAAGAACACGUGUAUUUGUAUGCUGUGAUAUGUCUUACAUAAUAAAUAUACAUUCAGUAUUUCUAUAAUUUUAAAAAAUUACAGUUUUUAAAGUUAAUUAUCACCAUGACCGUGCUGCAAAGAGUAGUAAAGCCGACUACCCAUAAGGGUAAACGAGCUAUUGUGAAAAAAGAACCGAAAUUGAUAGAGGAUGCUAAACAAACUCUGUGUUUCAAAGGUAAAAACACUUCACAGAUAGUAGUGGAUUUUAUGAAAGAUUUGUACGAUUUAAAAAAGCCAGAUGCACAGAUAAUGCAAAAGAAAAAUGAUAUACUACCGUUUGAGGAUAUAACACCUAUCGAAAAAUUUUCUGUAAAAUAUAAUGCGCCGCUUUUUAUGAUCGCUUUGCAUAAUAAAAAACGUCCCCACAAUUUAGUAAUGGGAAGAAUGUACGAACAAAUGUUAUUAGAUAUGGUAGAAUUUGGCAUAGAAAAUUAUAAAGGACUGAAAAGUUUUAAAGUUCCCAAAAUUUCAGAAGGAAUAAAACCCUUAUUAGUUUUCAAUGGAGAGCUCUUUGAAAAUAACUAUGAGUUAAGUAGAAUUAAAAAUUUGUUUGUGGAUAUGUUUCAAAGGGAACCAGUUGAAAAGAUUAGGCUUCAAGGUCUCGAACAUGUUCUGAGUUUCACUGCUAUUGACAAUAAAAUACUUGUACGCAGUUACAGGAUACUUUUAAAAAAGUCUGAUUGUAGAAUACCAAGAAUUGAAUUAGAAGAAAUUGGCCCAAGAGCAGAUUUAAUUUGUAGGCGUACGAAACUUGCUUCUGAAGAUUUGUUCAAGCAAGCUUGUAAAAAGCCAAAAGAGCUGAAGGUUAAAAAGAAGAAGAACAUAUCUGUGGACAAACUUGGGACAACCUUUGGACGCGUACAUGUUGGAGCGCAAAAUAUUAAUAGUAUACAGACGAGAAAAAUGAAAGGACUAAAAAAGACAAUGGCAGAGAAGAAAGUUGAAGCGAAAAGGAAAAAUAUUGAAAAUAGUGAUAAUGAUAAUUCAAAAAAAUUAAAAACUAAUAGUGAUUCAGCUGAUUAAUAGCGAACUAUUUAUGUAGAAUCAGCAAGGAAAUAAAUGUAAAAACAAGUAUUUUCUUUUUUAUUAAAAAUAUUAAAUUACCAUUAAAGAUU